AACUCACUACAACUUUCAAACUCAGCACAAGAACUGUAUACCGUCUGGAGGGCAGGAGUUACAAAACACUAACAUCUGUGGGAUUUUAUACUUCUGAAACAUCCAAAAACAAAGGGUGCAGUCUUUUCUAGCUCUUUUUCUUUCUUUUUAUGACUCAUUUCAUUUGGGUUACUGGUCAGUCUGUAUUUAAAGUAGCUUAGAGACGUCUCGGUGUUGCUUCUAUCCAAAGACAACAGCGUGCUUUAACUGUGGUGGUCUUGCUGGAAUGAAUAUAUCUGAGUCUAGUUGCUGUCAAGAGGCCAGUUCUCAGCCCAUCCAGGUUGCGGAGCGUGGGACAUGGGGUGCCUCUUCCAGCACUCCGGGGCCUGACCGGGGACAUGGCUUUGACCACAGCCGGACCACAGAGCUGGCACCGGUUUCUGGCUCUGGAACACAGACGGGGUCCCGAACUGGAGGGGCCACAGCAGAGGCCAGGACGGGAAGCCCGGACUCAACCCAUUCUGGAGCUCUGACCCUGGGCUCUGGCGAGGGGAAAUCAGGAGGGGAGUCGAGGAUCAGGAGGCCGAUGAAUGCCUUCAUGGUGUGGGCUAAAGAUGAGCGCAAACGUCUGGCCCUCCAGAACCCAGAUCUGCAUAACGCUGUGCUCAGUAAGAUGCUGGGUCAAUCCUGGAAGGCUCUAAGCACACUAGACAAGCGUCCGUUUGUGGAGGAAGCCGAACGACUCCGUUUGCAGCAUCUCCAGGACCACCCAAACUACAAAUAUCGCCCUCGCCGCAAGAAACAGCCCAAGAAGAUGAAACGAGUGGAACCAUGUUUGCUCCUCCAAGGCCUCGCUGGCGGCCCGGGACCACGAAAUGCUUACUCGCCACACCGCCAUGCCCAUCAUCUGAUGCUUCCUCUGGGACACUUCCGAGACCUCCACCCCUCCGGAGCUCCAGAGCUGGAGAGUUUCGGCCUGCCAACACCAGAGAUGUCACCGCUAGACAUGUUGGAGGAGGGAGGUGGAGAUUCAGUGUUUUUCCCCCCUCACAUGCAGGAAGAUGUGGGUCUGGGAUCGUGGAUAAACUACCACCAGCCUCCAAACCAUCAGGCUGGCCAUCACCCUCACCACAACUCCCAUAAUCUCCAGCAUUCCCACCCACACCUCAACCAGAAGUCUCCGCUGGCCUGCCUCCCGCUGCAGGAUAAAUGCCUGGUCGUUGAGUCCACGAACCCUAACAGUCUCUACCCCAACAUGAGUCUCCCAGAAUCUUCCAAGGCUCCUCACACUCCCACACCUGCAGGCUAUUACGGUCAGAUAUACGGGAGCAGUCAGUCCCAGCCUGCCUUCACCUCUCAUCUGGGCCAGCUGUCUCCACCGCCUGAGACCUCGGCAGUCGCUCAGGUCGCUCCACCCUCUCUGGACGCCGUGGACCAGCUGGGACCCUCUUCUGAGUUCUGGGGCGAAGUGGACAGGAUUGAGUUCGACCAGUACCUGAGUGUGAACAGGACUCGAUUGAGUAGGAACGCUCCUUGCGAGGAGAGCAGCGCUUUGAUAUCAGCCCUGUCCGAUGCCAGCAGCGCCGUCUACUACAGCGCGUGCAUUACGGGAUAAAACUGCUACCGCAAUCUCCAUGAAGUCCUGAAGUCCGGUGCACAUAUCGUUUUUUUUUUUUUUUUUUUUUUUUGAGUCUCUGAUCUUUUUGAUUUAUUCGAGUUACCUUCUUCAGGGAAUCAUCUUGCCCGGUUUCACGAAUCACUGGAGGUUACUGAACUGGAGGUUCUCACUGUAUAGACUUCACUAAAUUGCAUUUCACAGAAUGACUAGUAAUUUCUGGUCUUGAUAACCUGUACUUUCUGAGACUGUGGUCAAAUUUAACCGAUAAUUUUGCUGACUCCAUCCAGCUACUGUAUGCUUAUGGUCUCAAAUGAGGGUACUGGGACGUGGAAGUCAAGAAUGUGAAUAUUAUAUAUAUAUAUGUGUGUGUGUGUGUGUGUGUGUGUGUAAAUAUAUAUGUAUGUAUGUAUGUAUAAUUUUUAUUUGCCUUUUAUAUUGUUUAUUUCUAUUUUUAUAGACAUUUUAUAUAAAACUGUAUGAAAAUAUGUUUUGCACUGGGUAUGUGAAAACCACUCAACACUUUAUGCUGCACUAAAUAUCUUUCGAACUCUCUCUUCUUUUUUGUGACAUCUGACAAAUUUUGAUCCAUUGGCGACUAAUUUUUCUUGCAUGUUUCCUUCUGUGUGGUUGAGUGUGUUUGAAUUGGGCAUUUCAUGUGGGCAUGACAUUUUGUAAUCCUCUUAGCACUUGAGGAACAUAUUGAGUUGGUAACAACUCUCCCCUUUUGGUAAUGAUUAUCUUCAAAUAAAACGAGUUUGCAAUAAAAAAAAAAAUGUCUCUGCACUAUUAAAUCAAAGCAAUUAAAUUGAAAACACACAAUUGUUCAUAGUAUUUCACUAGCACACGUUCCCACACCACUUUUAAAUAUAUACUUUUUUUUUCUUCUUAAAACAGAAAAUACAAAAAAAAAAAAAAUGUAUCAAUGCAUAUUUUUGCUAAAUAAAGUUGUCACUAAA